AACCAAGGAAUGUCACAAACAAUGGAACCAGAUCUUUUCAAUCCUGAACUUUCUUUGGAUCAAUCGGAUUAUUCUGAAAAAGCUUUUCUUUCAUCCUCUUCUCAACCUAUUGAAAGUGAUGAAUUAAAAUUUGAAAAUAUGCCAGUUG